AUGAAGUAUGUAGAUUUCCACGUCCUCGUUCGUUCAACUAAGGCUACCAUAAAGUCUGUGGAACUAAGUGGAUGUUCUGACUCCGACGUAUCCUGUAUUCUGAAGAAAGGCACUAACGUUACGCUCCACAUGACCUUCACACUAAAGGAAGAUGCCAAACUCCUCACCGCAAAAGUUGCCGGUAUUAUUGGACCAGCAAGUAUACCAUUUCCCCUGCCGAACGCGGACGCGUGUGUGAACUGUGGAUUAAACUGCCCUAUUUCUACAGGAACAACUGUCACAUAUGUCAUACAGCUUCCCAUCCGUAAAAUCUACCCACAGAUAAAAGUUGUUACCAGAUGGUCUCUGAUCGACACUAAUCAGAAUGUAGUCACGUGCUUCGUCGUGCCAACCGAAAUUGUAUCCUGAUAGUGUUGGAACACAGAAACAGCAGGUUUACAGUUAGCGUAUAUGAAACAUCUUGUUUUGUUUAUGUAUUUCUUCGUCUUUGAAUUGUAGCCGACUAUACAAAAUAUUCAUUG